GAGAGAGGUUUUGAGAUUUUUCCUUGCCGCAUUUCCUCCCCUCUCCCCUCUCCCCCUCCCCUUUCCUUCCACCCCCGCCCCGCUCCAGCUCGAGCGCGCCCAAACCCUAGCCCCCGAUCUCUCCCUCCUCCCUCCUCCCUCUCUCGCCGGCUCGGCGCGCCGGCGGCUCGGGCGUUCAUGCGGGGCGGCCUCUGAGAGCGCGCGCGCGUGCAGAUCCAGCAGGCGCUCCGCCGAGAUGGCGAGGGCGGAGGCCAACUGGGAGCGCCUGGUGCGGGCGGCGCUGCGCGGGGACCGGAUGGGCGGCGUCUACGGGGUCCCCGCCAGCGGCAUCGCCGGGAACGUGCCCUCCUCGCUCGGCAACAACACCCACAUCGACGAGGUGCUCCGCGCCGCCGACGAGAUCCAGGACGAGGACCCCACCGUCGCCAGGAUUCUGUGUGAGCACGCGUACGCGUUGGCCCAAAAUCUGGACCCCAACAGCGAAGGAAGAGGGGUGCUGCAGUUCAAGACUGGGUUAAUGUCAGUAAUCAGGCAAAAACUAGCUAAGAGGGAAGGCGGUGCUAUAGACCGAAGUCGGGAUAUAGCUAAACUGCAAGAAUUUUAUAAGCUGUACAGAGAAAAACAUAAAGUUGAUGAGUUGUGUGAAGAUGAAAUGAAGCUGAGGGAAUCUGGUGUGUUCAGCGGUAACCUCGGAGAGCUGGAGCGCAAAACUCUGAAGCGCAAAAAAGUACUUGCAACUCUCAAGGUCUUAUGGUCAGUAAUAGAGGAUAUAACAAAGGAAAUUUCCCCUGAGGAUGCAGCAAAUUUGAUUUCUGAAGAGAUGAAAGAAGUGAUGCAAAAGGAUGCAGCAAGGACAGAGGAUGUUGUGGCGUAUAAUAUCAUUCCUCUAGAUUCCUUGUCUACAACUAACCUAAUUGUCACUUUUCCAGAGGUGAGGGCAGCAGUAUCAUCUUUGCAGUACCAUAGGGAUCUGCCCAGGCUUCCGACUACCAUUUCAGUUCCUGAUGCUAGGAAUUCAGAUAUGCUAGACCUUUUGCACUGCGUGUUUGGUUUUCAGAAAGACAAUGUGAGCAAUCAACGGGAGCACAUUGUUCACCUGUUGGCAAAUGAGCAGUCUCGAUUAGGCAAACUACCAGGGAAUGAACCGAAAAUUGACGAGGGUGCUGUACAUGUUGUGUUCUCUAAGUCCCUGGAUAACUACAUAAAAUGGUGCAACUAUUUACCACUACGUCCUGUCUGGAAUAACGUUGAAUCAUUGACCAAAGAAAAGAAGUUGCUAUAUGUUUGUUUAUACUACUUGAUCUGGGGAGAGGCUGCCAACGUACGAUUUCUUCCAGAAGGCUUAUGCUACAUAUUUCAUCAUCUAGCAAGAGAACUAGAGGUGAUUAUGCAGAAACAGACUGCUGAGCCUGCUGGAAGCUGCAUCUCUAAUGAUGGCGUAUCAUUUCUUGACCAAGUCAUUUAUCCUCUAUAUGAAAUCGUUGCAGCUGAAGCAGGCAACAAUGACAAUGGGCGGGCAGCACAUUCUGCAUGGAGAAACUAUGAUGAUUUCAAUGAGUUCUUCUGGUCUGAGAAAUGUUUUCAGCUGGGUUGGCCGUGGAAACUGAGCAAUCCAUUUUUCUCAAAGCCUAUUAGGAAAGAGCAGGGCUUGAUAAGUAGGAAUCAUCAUUAUGGAAAGACAUCUUUCGUGGAGCACAGAACUUUUCUGCAUCUUUACCAUAGCUUUCACCGCCUGUGGAUGUUCCUACUUCUGAUGUUUCAGGGACUCACUAUCAUUGCUUUUAACAAUGGCAAUUUUGACACAAAUACUGUAUUGGAACUUCUUAGCCUUGGCCCAACUUAUAUCAUAAUGGAAUUUAUUGAGAGUGUAUUGGACAUUCUAAUGAUGUAUGGCGCCUAUUCAACAUCUCGUGGUUCUGCAAUCACCAGAGUGAUCUGGCGAUUCUGUUGGUUUACCGCGGCUUCAUUGGUCAUCUGUUACCUAUAUAUCAAGGCACUUCAAGAUGGGGUGCAAUCUGCACCUUUUAAGAUAUAUGUUGUUGUAAUCAGCGCGUAUGCGGGUUUCCAGUUAAUCAUCAGCCUACUCAUGAGUAUUCCCUGCUGCCGUGGUUUUACCAAUGCUUGCUACAGCUGGUCUUUUGUACGCCUUGCCAAGUGGAUGCAUCAGGAACACAAUUAUGUUGGAAGAGGCUUGAAUGAAAGGCCUCUAGAUUAUAUCAAAUAUGUUGCUUUCUGGCUUGUUAUUUUUGCUGCGAAAUUUUCAUUCACCUAUUUCCUCCAGAUCAAACCUCUUGUAGAACCAACAAGACUGAUAAUCAGUUUCAAAGGCUUACAGUAUCAAUGGCAUGACUUUGUCUCAAAGAAUAACCAUAAUGCGAUCACAAUCCUUUUUUUAUGGGCUCCAGUGGCCUCAAUUUAUCUUUUGGACAUCCAUGUUUUUUACACCAUCAUGUCUGCUAUUGUUGGAUUCCUUCUUGGUGCACGUGACCGCCUGGGAGAGAUUAGGUCUGUUGAAGCAGUUCACAGGUUCUUUGAGAAGUUCCCUGAAGUAUUCAUGGAUAAACUUCAUGUUGCUGUUCCAAAAAGGUUUCAAAUGUUUAUACUGUUUUUUUACACUUCAUUUCAAUACACUAAAGCUGGUUUUGAUGGAUCAUACAGGAAACAACUGCUAUCAUCUGGUCAGAAUGCAGAGUUAAACAAGCUUGAUGCAUCUAGAUUUGCUCCUUUCUGGAAUGAAAUUGUGAAGAAUUUACGGGAAGAGGACUACAUUAGCAACACUGAACUGGAUUUACUCUUGAUGCCCAAGAAUAUAGGAGGUCUUCCAAUUGUGCAGUGGCCACUUUUUUUGCUUGCUAGCAAGGUUUUCUUGGCCAAAGAUAUUGCAGUUGAUUGCAACGACUCACAAGAUGAACUCUGGCUAAGGAUCUCAAAGGACGAAUAUAUGCAAUAUGCUGUCGAGGAGUGCUUUCAUAGCAUCAAGUAUAUCCUGUCAUCUAUUCUAGAUAAAGAAGGGCAUCUCUGGGUGCAAAGGAUUUUUGAUGGUAUUCAAGAAAGCAUUUCAAAGAACAACAUCCAGAGUGAUAUUCAUUUCAGCAAAUUGCCUAAUGUCAUUGCCAAGCUUGUUGCUGUAGCGGGAAUACUGAAAGAAACGGAAUCUGCUGAUAUGAAGAAGGGGGCAGUUAAUGCUAUUCAAGAUCUAUACGAAGUUGUUCAUCAUGAAGUGCUUUUUGUUGAUUUGAGUGCUAACAUUGACGAUUGGAGUCAGAUAAAUAGAGCAAGAGCUGAAGGCCGCCUCUUCAGUAAUCUCAAGUGGCCAAAUGAACCUGGAUUGAAGGACAUGAUCAAACGAUUGCAUUCACUUCUGACCAUCAAGGAAUCAGCUGCAAAUGUUCCUAAAAACCUGGAAGCCAGCCGGAGACUGCAGUUCUUCACGAACUCUCUGUUCAUGCAAAUGCCUGUUGCAAGGCCUGUUUCAGAAAUGCUUUCCUUUAGCGUAUUUACUCCAUAUUACUCUGAGACUGUGCUUUAUAGCAUCGCCGAACUCCAAAAGAAAAAUGAAGAUGGUAUAUCUACACUGUUUUAUCUUCAGAAGAUUUAUCCAGAUGAAUGGAAGAACUUCCUUACUCGCAUCAACAGGGAUGAAAAUGCAGCAGACACUGAACUUUUUAGCAGUGCGAAUGACAUACUAGAACUUCGGCUAUGGGCAUCUUACCGUGGGCAGACAUUAGCGCGAACAGUUCGUGGGAUGAUGUACUACAGGAAGGCCCUUAUGUUGCAAACUUAUUUGGAGAGAAUGCAUUCUGAAGAUCUCGAAUCUGCAUUUGAUAUGACUGGUCUGGCUGACACACAUUUUGAGUACUCCCCUGAAGCACGUGCACAGGCUGAUUUGAAAUUUACGUAUGUGGUUACCUGCCAAAUCUACGGAGUGCAGAAAGGAGAAGGGAAGCCAGAAGCUGCAGAUAUAGCCCUUCUGAUGCAAAGGAAUGAAGCUCUCAGAAUUGCAUACAUCGAUGUUGUUGAGAGCGUUAAGAAUGGAAAGCCUAGCACUGAGUAUUACUCAAAGCUUGUUAAAGCUGACAUCCAUGGAAAGGACAAGGAAAUUUAUUCUGUUAAAUUGCCCGGCAAUCCAAAGCUUGGGGAGGGUAAACCUGAAAAUCAAAACCAUGCUGUCAUUUUCACUCGCGGAAAUGCUGUACAAACCAUUGAUAUGAAUCAGGAUAACUAUUUCGAGGAGGCACUAAAAAUGAGAAAUCUGCUUGAGGAAUUCUCUCAAAAUCAUGGCAAGUUCAAGCCUUCAAUCCUUGGUGUUAGAGAACAUGUCUUCACUGGAAGUGUUUCCUCCCUCGCUUCGUUUAUGUCAAAUCAGGAAACUAGUUUCGUGACAUUAGGACAGCGCGUUCUUUCUAAUCCACUGAAAGUGAGAAUGCAUUAUGGUCACCCAGACGUGUUUGAUAGAAUAUUUCAUAUUACGAGGGGUGGCAUCAGUAAGGCGUCCCGUAUCAUCAAUAUCAGUGAGGAUAUAUUUGCAGGGUUUAACUCUACUCUGCGUCAAGGGAACAUAACUCACCAUGAGUAUAUUCAGGUUGGUAAAGGAAGAGAUGUUGGGCUUAAUCAGAUCGCACUAUUUGAAGGAAAAGUUGCGGGAGGAAACGGCGAACAAGUUCUUAGCAGAGAUAUAUACAGACUUGGGCAGCUUUUUGACUUUUUCAGGAUGUUAUCCUUCUAUGUGACUACUGUUGGGUUUUACUUCUGUACUAUGCUAACUGUACUGACGGUGUACAUAUUUCUUUAUGGUAAAACCUAUCUGGCUUUAUCUGGUGUUGGAGAAUCAAUUCAAAAUAGGGCGGAUAUACAGGGAAAUAAAGCACUGAGUGUGGCUCUGAACACCCAGUUUCUUUUCCAGAUUGGUGUGUUUACUGCAAUUCCUAUGAUUCUAGGUUUCAUCCUGGAAGAAGGUGUCCUAACGGCUUUUGUCAGCUUCAUUACCAUGCAGUUCCAACUAUGCUCUGUAUUUUUCACGUUCUCUCUUGGAACAAGGACUCACUAUUUUGGCCGCACAAUACUGCAUGGAGGUGCAAAGUAUAGAGCAACUGGUAGGGGUUUUGUGGUACGGCAUAUUAAGUUUGCUGAGAAUUACCGUCUUUAUUCCCGAAGCCAUUUUGUGAAAGGGCUGGAGGUUGCACUUCUGUUGGUUAUCUUUCUAGCUUAUGGUUUUAACAACAAUGGAGCAAUUGGCUAUAUCUUACUUUCCAUAAGUAGCUGGUUUAUGGCUCUUUCUUGGCUUUUUGCUCCAUACGUGUUCAACCCGUCUGGAUUUGAAUGGCAAAAGGUCGUCGAGGAUUUCAGAGACUGGACAAACUGGCUUUUUUACCGAGGUGGUAUUGGGGUUAAAGGAGAAGAAAGCUGGGAAGCUUGGUGGGAUGAAGAACUGGCACAUAUUCACACCUUCCGCGGGAGGAUAAUGGAAACUAUACUUAGUUUAAGAUUUUUUAUUUUCCAGUAUGGAGUUGUUUACCACAUGAAAGCAAGCCAAGAAAAUACAGCAUUAUCGGUAUAUUGGGUAUCAUGGGCUGUGCUUGGAGGGCUUUUUGUCCUCCUAAUGGUAUUUAGUUUAAACCCCAAGGCCAUGGUUCAUUUCCAGUUGCUCCUGCGUCUGGUCAAAAGCAUUGCACUGUUAGUGGUUUUGGCAGGUUUGGUUGUGGCAAUUGCGAGGACACACCUCACUGUUGUAGAUGUACUUGCUUCCAUCCUAGCAUAUGUGCCUACUGGAUGGGGAAUUCUUUCGAUUGCUGUGGCAUGGAAACCAAUUGUGAAGAGAUUGGGUUUGUGGAAAACAGUGCGCUCGCUGGCUCGUCUGUAUGAUGCUAGCAUGGGAAUGAUCAUUUUUGUGCCCAUAGCCAUCUGCUCCUGGUUUCCUUUCAUCUCCACCUUCCAGACACGGCUACUAUUCAACCAGGCUUUCAGCAGAGGUUUGGAGAUCUCUCUCAUCCUGGCUGGCAACAACCAGAAUGCAGGCAUAUGAUGGUGGGCAUGACCAAUCUUUUGAAUCUUCACCCAGAUCGAGCACCUUCGUAGUUAGUUGAUCCCCGGUUCUGAGUUAGCAGUAGAUGUAUAUAUCUCCGUGUUGACUGGCAUUUAUAUGCUAUGGCUGUAUUUGUAUAUCGCCUGCUACAUUUUUUGCACCGAUGAUAGUUAUAGGUUGUGGUGUUCUCAAAGGACUGGGUACUGAAAUCAUUGUUAAAAUAACUUGUGUAUUUGUGUUAGUUUAGAAUAAUGUAGGUUUGGGGUAAAAAAAUACGGACAAGAAGUGAUAUUGUGAAAUUGGGGGCUGUACAUCUGAGUUAUCUUUCGUGCCAGGGAGAAGUAUCAUGGUCAUGGAGCCAGAAAUUAUGCUUUUACAAAUA